AUGGCUGACGACCUCUUUGACGGUGCUAUUGGCAUUGAUCUUGGUACUACUUACUCUUGCGUUGGUGUAUGGCAAAACGACCGUGUUGAGAUUAUCGCCAACGACCAGGGAAAUCGAACUACGCCUUCCUACGUUGCCUUUGCGUCGGAAGAGCGUCUGAUUGGUGAUGCCGCAAAGAACCAGGCUGCCAUGAACCCUCGCAACACCGUGUUCGACGCCAAGCGUCUUAUCGGUCGUCGAUUUGACGAUCCAGACGUUAAGAAGGAUAUCUCCCACUGGCCGUUUGAGGUUGUCGAAAAGGACGGAUCACCGUUAAUCAAAGUCCAAUAUCUCGGAGAGGACAAAACUUUCAGUCCUCAAGAAAUUUCAUCCAUGGUUCUCACAAAAAUGAAAGAAAUUUCAGAGGCAAAACUUGGCAAGACAGUGAAGAAGGCCGUUGUCACGGUUCCUGCCUACUUCAACGAUUCCCAACGUCUGGCAACGAAAGAUGCCGGUGCCAUUGCUGGCCUAGAUGUUCUCCGUAUUAUCAAUGAACCCACUGCCGCCGCCAUCGCUUACGGUCUUGAUCGCCAAUCCAAGGCGGAGAAGAACGUGCUGAUUUUCGAUCUCGGAGGAGGAACCUUCGAUGUUUCGCUCCUCAAUAUCAGCGGCGGUGUUUUCGCCGUCAAGGCUACCGCUGGUGAUACCCAUUUGGGUGGAGAGGAUUUCGACAACACUCUUCUGGACCACUUCAAAAACGAGUUCAAGAGAAAGACCAAGCUCGACAUUUCCGAUGAUGCCCGUGCAUUGAGGCGUCUAAGGAGUGCUUGCGAGCGUGCCAAGAGGACACUCUCCAGCGUCACUCAGACGACUGUCGAGGUCGACUCUCUCUUCCAGGGUGAAGACUUCUCGGCCAACAUCACCCGUGCCCGUUUUGAGGAGAUUAAUGCCGUUAUGUUCAAGUCCACUCUUGAGCCUGUUGAGAAAGUUUUGAAAGAUGCCAAGAUGGCUCGUGAGAAGGUUGACGACAUCGUCCUUGUCGGUGGAUCCACCCGUAUCCCAAAGAUUCAAGCCCUAGUUUCUGAAUACUUCGGUGGUCGCCAAUUGAACAAGUCAAUCAACCCUGACGAGGCUGUUGCCUAUGGUGCCGCCGUCCAAGCUGCCGUCCUUACUGGCCAAACCUCUGAACAGACCAAGGAUCUCCUUCUCCUUGAUGUUGCUCCCCUCUCUCUCGGUGUCGCCAUGCAAGGUGACGUUUUCGGUGUGGUCGUUCCCCGCAACACUCCCAUCCCCACCAAUAAGUCACGGACGUUCACCACCGUCGAGGACAACCAGACCACCGUCACAUUCCCUGUUUAUGAAGGAGAGCGCACUCAGUGCCGCGAUAACCGUCUUCUCGGCGAGUUCGAGCUCACUGGUAUCCCACCAAUGCCUCGUGGCCAGGCCGAGCUCGUUACCACCUUCGAGGUCGAUGCCAACGGUCUUCUCAAGGUUUCUGCUCAGGAUCGUGCUUCUGGCCGCAAGGCUUCUAUCAGCAUUACCAACUCAGUUGGUCGUCUCUCAUCAGCUGAGAUUGAUCAGAUGAUCAAGGAUGCUGAACAAUUCAAAGCUGCCGACAAGGAGUUCUCAGCCCGCCAUGAAGCCAAGUCCGAUCUUGAAGCUUACAUCCACCAGGUCGAGGGCACUAUUACAUCUCCUGAGAUUGGCAUGAAGUUGAAGCGUGGCGCCAAGUCUCAAGUUGAGGCUGAACUUGCACGAGCGAUGGAGAAGCUUGAAAUUGAGGAUUCAUCCGCUGAUGAACUGAGGAAGGCGCAGUUGGGUAUCAAGCGUGCCCUCCAAAAGGCGACCGCUAGUAUUCGGUGAACCAACGGGUUUUCUAGUAGAUUUUGCUCCGCUUUUCUUUCCCCUUGUUCUGUCACGUUUUGCAUAUCAACAACGAAGUGGUAUAACGAUUUGACUCAUUAGUAUCCUGUACUACAGCUGUCCCCCUGUCGGACCAAAAUCCACGUAAGGCAUUUGUUGCAAUGCCACAAUAUUUACAAGCGUGAGUUU